GCAUGUGUGUACGUUAAACCGAACGCGCCGAAUCAAUCAACCGUCUGUCAAGUGUUCGCGCCAAUAGUUGACGUUUGGCCGCGUGCGGUCGCUCGUUCGGAAUUUGAAUAACUUGACGUUUAGUGAGUGCUUUGCCGGUGAUUUGUGAUUCUGUGCCGGUAAAUAUUCUCACCUGUGCUAUCUCUGCAGUACAGCCGCAAUCUUACAUACUUUGAAUAUCGAACUGUGAGACUAUUUACUUUGACUUUAAAAACAUUUUAAUUCAGCGUUCGCUAAGUUAAAAACUAAAAGGUUUCUUUGCUGACUCAAGAUGAAUAUAACGUCUACGACGGACGGUCCCGGUAUAAAGGGUACGAUGGCGAUCCUGAACUGUCUCCUGGCGAGGCAGCUCUGCUUCGAAGACGCGUCCUGUUCCGCCAUCUUGGAAAUCAUACCGCGUGUCUGUGGAUCUGAACUUGUGGCUUGCUCAACGGUGACCGUGACGAAGUGCCAGGCUGCUCUGAGGACCCUGCAGGCCUUCCCGUUCUUCAAGCCGACAUGCCUCUGUCGAGAACCGAACGUGGACCCCGAGUGUAACUCCUUCCGCGACUUCUUGUUUGACCACCCCUGCGUUUUCGUCAUGAAGAAGGAGAAAGACCCGUACCCAGUGGAGACCCUGCCGACCUGCACCUACGCCCUCAGCGUUUGCCACAACGAGAAGGCCUGCUCCGUCCUCUUCGAUAGAUUCAAGAACGCCUGCAAAGCUCGUGAUGGAGAAUGCCGUAUGGAAGACAGGGAGGCCUGUCGCGAAGCCUGGGCUGGUCUGCGCCUCUCUCCUCUCUUCGGCUGCAUCUGUCCCAACACGCAUAUGAAGAAACGUUGCGACCGCAUAUUUGCUGUGGUAAACCACAACCCAUGCGUCGUAAAGCUGAUGUCGGACGGAAGGAUCGCGAAUCGGAACGGAACCGGUGUGUCUUCGUGGAUCGGCGGUAUGUCAAUAACACAUGAUGGGAACCUGAUCGCCCCGGACAAAAUUAUGACGCACAUCCACCGUUAUGCAAGCCCUCACUACAACCCCCAUGGGCAUCAUUACCAUCGUUGGAACCAUGAGCCGGGGGGGAGCGAGGAUCCCCUGUACGCGACCAAGACCGUCUACGGACCUGGAUACAUUGAUGAAAACCAGAGGAUUGGCAAAGAAAACGGUAAAUCAGGUGAUGAGAAGGUGGCCCUGCAGUCUACUUGCCACGUGGCCCUGGAUGCGUGUAUCAAGGACAGCGAAUGCGUGAUGUCACUUACCCCGGUGCUGCAGAAGUGUCACACUUCUGAUUGUGAUCGAGAAGGGUGCAUGGCGGCGUUGAGGGGGUUCUAUAGGAAGUCUGGUGUUCACUGGAAUACGGAGAUCGCUUUUUGUCUUUGCAAGAAAACUGACAACCGUGAGGACUCGUGCAUGAACGCUCAAGAGCGACUGCAUCCAUCGUGCGCCCAGCGACCAGCCGUGGGUUCCCCUCUACCUGCCUGCCAUACCCUGGCCCAUGCCUGCAGGGAAGAACCGGAGUGCAGGAUUCGCCUCGAGAACUACGAGCAAUGGUGUGCAGUAGACGCCGUAACCCAAGGCUGUGCAGGUUCCCCGGCAGCCUGUAGAGCCGCCGUGGUGGCUGUGCUGGGUACCCAACUGAGAGCGGCCUGUGCUUGCAGAGGAACUGACUUCGCUCAGCUGUAUGAUUGUCUUGGCUGGCAGCGGCUGUUGUGGCUCAAUCCUUGCGUUGUGGAAUCCCAAAGCGACUACCACAUGAAGACCUACGGGCCGCUGCUGACCACCACACCCUUCGACAACGGCAUCAGAUACAUCACAGUGGCUCCCGAGUCUCCGAUCUACCAUAAGACUACCACCCAUCAUCAUAGACAUACUACGCAACAUGGGACCUCUAAUGUUGAUGCUAUUCAAGAAACCCGUGAAGAACUAAGCCCAAUCACAACCAUGUCAGAACAAACAGUAGGCCCGAACGAAGUCGCCCAGAUUUCCGAACCCGUCAUAGAGACUACGACAGAAACUACGACAGCGGCUACGACGACUACUACAACUACUACGACGACUACGCCAAGGCCUACUACGACCUUGGAGCCGGCGAAGUACUGCAUUGUGAAGAAACCGGAGAGUGAUGAUCAGGCGCAGUAUAUCAAGAUGGGAGAGACGCGACGACUCUACCGUUCAGCAGAACUAGCCGAAUGCACGGACCUCUGUGUCUGCGAGGCAACCCUGCAGGUCUCAUGCAAGGUCGCCUGCGUACCCAGGGCUCCUUGCUCCUCACGACUGGCCCACUAUUCUCAUGCUGCACCAGCCUACCAGGCUUAUAGAGGGCGUUGCUACUGCUACUCAGGGUCCUUUAUAUGCAUGAGACCUAACCCAGGUGAAUACAAGCUACCAGAAGGGGUGUACCUACUUCUGGGCUUCAGCGCAGUAGACGAGGCUCUGCUGCGACCACACACUGGCUUAGGAGCUGAGGAUGCUGUGCGUCUACUGCAGCAGUAUCUGUAUACUGUGCAUAGUGAGGGGACAAACUGCACGCUGACCCUGUUCAACAUCAGCAACGAGAAUGUGAUCAUCUCCGCCAGUGUGCCGCCACGAGAACAGGAGGCCCUCAGGGAGGCUGGGGACGCUCUGCUUGAUAGGGAGAAGGAGGAAUGCAUUGACGUCCUCAAAAUCGUCAAAUCCCGCAUCAACUCGCAACACGAGGACAUCUCCUCGCACCUUUUGCUCUCCAUCUUCAAGAUCGCAGAAGUUGACGUCGUGUACCCCACCCCGCCCAGCUCCGCCAUCACCUCCCAUAGGCCAGUUAAACUCUUCUAUAUAACCAUUAUCCUUAUCACUAUCCUCUAUAACUUCAAUCCUACUGUCUCCAUCAUCAGCUCUGUCCUCAUCUUCAAGGGCUUCGUCAAUUGUUUGUCGAAUUUAUUGACUAGUACUCUAAGUAUCAAGGGGCAUACUAACCCUUCAAUGUUAGACAUCGUUCCUUUCGAGAGAUAUUUUUUAAAAGAAAAUAUCAAUUUUGUAUCUAUUUUGAAAUGUUACGAUGAAUUUAUUGAUAAUAGUAAUGUAGAUGUUGUAAAUUACAUUGAAAAUCAUCACGAUGCACUUGCUUUAGGUAACGCACAAAAGAAACAUAUCACAGAUGACAUAGAUUUAAGUAAAAUAUAUGUAAAUAAUUAUAAGGAAAUGAUACAUAUCAUAAAAGCUGUGAGUAUUACAAUAUUUAAUAAUUUAAAUGAACUUGUUGCUGAUGCAAUUAUACUUAAAUAUUUUUCUAGAGAUGUGUAUUACGAAAUUGGAUGUACUUAUUACGAUUCGAUGAAGCUUUUUGGUGAAUUCAUUUUUGGAAAUAUCGCGUCCUCUUCUUAUGGGAUUGUAAAAUCCGUUAGCUUAGGACUGACUCUAGAAGUAGUAUGAAGACUGACAUGAUUAACUAAACAUAUCAUAGAUGUAUUUCGUUUUAUUUUCGACUUAGAACUGGUGCUUGUAGGUCGAUCUUAAAGGCUGGGUUUUGUAAAUAAGUGUAUUACGCCUUUUACACUGUUAGUGGUUCUGUUGGUAUCUCUGGUAGAGUAGUUCGUUUCUUGCUGCAGACGUUGAUAUUCUUCUGUAUACUUUCUUCAUCAUCAUUCUCCUGCCCUUAUCGCAGUUUAUUAUUUGAGGUUAGCACAGCACAAUCUUCUUCCAUAUUUUUAUACAUACAGUCAGCACUAUUUCUUGUUACGAUUUUAUUUUAAAUGUUUUCUAUUUUAAGCUCAAACUUGAAUACAUCAGUAAUAUUGUCGCUUUCUUGGCAAUUACCUUCAGUGUUACCUGGGUCGUCGUUGGAGUAACUUCUAAUUCAAUAUCAUGAAAUGAAUCAUAUUCCUCUUUCCGAAUCUUUCAUUAUUUAGCGUUAUUCUUGCUUAAACGCAUAUAUUUUUUACAUAUUAAACUAAUCUAAUAGGCUGUGAUUGUCUGCUUUUUCUUCUUUCUUCUCUCUUAGUCAUUUCGUAUUUGUAAUUUUACUGGACUGCUAAGCUCCGUAUUUUUUUUCUAAAUUGUUAUUUCUAAAAAUGUCUGCAGCAUCGAAAUCUUUAUCGUUCUUGUUUUCCCCGACCUAGGCUAGUCUAUUGUAGUACGUCGCCUUUUCGUUAGAUACCUGUUACUAGAUUAUAUUAUAUCCAUCAAUGUGAAAUGCACGUUAGAGAAAACGAUAUUGGAACAAAAACUUUGCAAUUUGUAGUUUGAGUCUGAAUUUCUGAUUGAAUUGAUUACAUGAUUUUUUUUUUAAUCUUAAAAAGUGACUUUUGGUGUUUGUUUUUAUAAUUCUGAUUUUUUAUAAUCUUAAUCAUAUUAUUUUUGAUAAUCUUAAUUAUAAAUUAAUGCAAAUCACUUUCAUUAUUCUCAAAAUAUUUUUUAUUCCCAGAUACAUAAUGAAGGUAUAAAAUAAAUAAUUUAAAUAUUAAAAAUUCUGAUUGGCUUAUUAAAGGCUAUCGAAUAAUUAGAAAACAAUACAUACAACAUUUUUAUUCAUAUUUCUUAGAAAUAUCUUCCAUAUUGGACAUUAUUUGAUAUAUUUACGAGAAAGGCACAAAACUAGCCUCCGCCAGCGGUCGUACUCGCGUCUCGUAGGAACUAUUUUGCGCACCCGGACAGAAAAUUAUAUAAUAGUAGAAGUAAAUACCGCCAUGCUAAAAGAUUUUUAUAGCUUAGACAUUUUUUUAUGUUUUUUAGUACAUUAUCUUUAUUUUCUAACUUGCAAAGUUUUGUCCAAUAUCGAAUGAAUGUAAUUAGGAGACACUUAGAUAUAUGUAUUCCCGUUGCGUUACUUAUAGAGAUGUAAUGUAAAAUGGUAAAUACUAAAGCUUUAAUUUGAAGUAGACAUAGAUCUCUUGUGUUCUAAAAGAAUCUUAUCGAAUAGUGAUGUGGUAGAUACUGUUUGACUGUUCGUAUUGGUGUUGCCAGCUCCUUAGAUAAAUUACAACUGUUUUAUUUUAUUUUUUUGCCUUUGUAAUUUGUGGAAUUUAUUUUGUAUUUCUUGUGUAAAUGGAGAAGUGUUUGAAAUGGCAAUAACAAGCUUAAAAACUAAAAGUGAAUGUGGAAUAUAAAAAUUACUCUCCAGUUUUACAUAUUUAUACCUUUAACAUAAAUAACCCAUAUGUACUCAUUUUAAAUAUGCUAGUACCUAAUAUUGACAUUUUUAUUUUUUUGAUUUAAAUAAUAAAAAUGAAUUAAAUAUAAUCAGCACGAACUCACCAACGGACUAGGUACGUACAAUGAUUAUUUAUAAUAUCUACUUUUUGAAGAAUCCUUUGGGAUUUAUUUUUAAUUUUGAGGAUCUGGCAACAUCCUUGUUGUAGGGACUUGUUGUACUAUAAACUACUGAAUUUCCUCUUUCUUUAAAAUUUUCGGAUAUUAUUUUCAACGCCAGUCUAUAAACUGUUCCAGCCUAGUACCAACGUACUUAUAAAAAAUUUGAAAAAAAAAAUACUCAUAAAAAGAAUGAUCAUAUUUUCACCUCAGUGUAAAAAUAUUUUUAUGGAGUACCAGUCUACGGUAUCAAAAUCUUUCAAUACACUACAUUGAUGAAAAUUUUGGGUCAUAAGUACACUCUGAUAAAAGAAAUCGCUUUCAUUUUUUUUUUUGUUAAAAAAUUAGGUUUUUUUAAACUAUGAGUCCAGAUUAAUGCAAAAUAAAUGAAUCGUAAAUUAAGAAUCACACAAACUUUUAUGAAACGAAAAAUUAUAAUUAAUCAUCACAAAAUAAUAAAAUGUAUGAAAAUUCAAUAAUAAUAAUAAAUAAUUGUGUAAAUCCUUCCAUUGUAGCCUUAUUUCACGAAAAAAGCAAUAUAAAGUCGGUCCAUGGCUUUUUUAAGUUAUUUAUUAAUUAUUAAAUUAUUGGUCCGAUUGCUUAAAAAUAUUGCACAUACACGCUUGAUGUCGGUUAAAAAUAUCGUGGAAUUAUACCUGUUUUUAUUGUUGAUAAAUAGGUAGGUAAUAAACGUUUCAAUUUAAGUUUUUUUUUUAAUAAUUUAAGAACUUUCAUCAUU